CCGGCCGCGCGCGGAGGCUAGGAGGCCAGGGGUUGAGGACAAAAGAACUGUUACUCCACGGCAGUGUAGGAUGCAACACAACCUCGCAUCUCAUUAAGGAGGAAAUAAGAUCUGGAGUACCAAACGUGCCUGAGUGAGAGUGAGUGUAGGGAGUGUUUGGUCACCCCCUUAGAGAAGCAAAAUGGCAGCCCACCUGCGGCAUGCCGCAAUCUUUUUUGCCCUUCUGGCGUGCGCGACACAAGUGUCCUGUUCCGCAGAAGGAGAUGAGGUUGAUAUCAGCAGUGAGGGUAUCAAUUGUGAAGAUGGACUUAUUGUACCCCUGUGGCCUGGAACAGAUGAUAUGAGUUUAGGAGAUAGAUUUGGACGAGGAUUGUUGUAUUCAGUUCUUAUGAUCUACCUUUUCAUUGGUGUUGCUAUUGCUUCUGACAAGUUCAUGGAGUCUAUUGAAAUGAUCACUGCUCAGGAAAAGGAGGUUUCUGUAAAGGAUCCUCGCACAGGUAAAACCCAGGUUAUCAUUGUAAAAGUUUGGAAUGAAACUGUCGCCAACUUGACUUUGAUGGCUCUUGGAUCCUCUGCACCGGAGAUCAUGUUGUCUGUUAUUGAGAUCUGGGCUAAAGGAUUCCACGCUGGUGAUCUUGGACCUGGAACAAUUGUUGGUUCUGCUGCUUUUAAUUUGUUCAUGAUUAUUGGUCUCUGCCAAUAUGUUAUCCCUGAUGAUGAAGUCAGAAAGAUCAAACAUCUGCGUGUGUUCUUUAUCACAGCCACUUGGUCUGUGUUUGCUUACGUUUGGCUGUACAUGAUCCUUGGACUCUUCUCCUAUGGUGUUGUUGAGAUCUGGGAGGGUGUUCUUACUUUCCUUUUCUUCCCUGCUACUGUGUACACUGCCUUUGUUGCUGACAGACGUAUGUUCUUCUACAAAUAUUUUGACAAAAAGUACAGAGCCAAGAAUGGUGUCAUUGUCCAAUCUGAAAAGGGAGACAUUGAAAACCGUGCAACUGAAAAGUUCAGGGAAUUUGAAGAUCUUGAUGAUAUGGACCCUGCCUUGGCCGAGUUCGAGCGUAACCGUCGUGAAUACAUUAAUGCCAUGAAGAGGAUUCGUCUGGAAAACCCCAACAUCAGCCUCAUUGAUCUUGAAACUAAGGCUAGAGAAGAAGUUAUGGCUAAGGGCCCCAAGUCUCGUGCCUAUUACCGUGCUCAGGCUACCCGUAAAUUGGCUGGUAAGGAAGAUGCCAUGAAAGCUAUGUCCAAGACAAUCCAGGCUGAAGCUGAAGCAGAAAAGGCAGCUAUGGAAGCUUCUGCAGCUGCUGAGUUGGGACUGAAUGAGAAGAAGGACGAUGGCAUUACCAGAGUCAUGUUUGACCCCCCUCAUUACACCGUUAUGGAGAGUGUCGGAACCUUUGAAGUUACCAUUGUCCGUGAGGGUGGAGAUCUAAACUCCACUAUCCAGGUUGACUACAAGACUGAGGAUGGUUCUGCUUCCUCUGAUGGAGACUACAUUGAAGCUAUUGGUACUCUUACUUUUGGACCUGGAGAAACCCAAAAGAUGGUUACUCUUGAAGUUCUUGAUGACGAUGUAUUUGAGGAGGAUGAACAUUUCUAUAUCAGGAUCAGCAAUCUCCGCCGCAAGGAUGGAAAAGAUUUUUCUGAAAUUGACGUAGUAGAUAACAAUGGAAAGAAGACUAAACAGCCCUCAGUUCAACUUGGUACUCCACAUAUGGCAACUAUUAUGAUUCUUGAUGAUGAUCACGGAGGUAUCUUUGGCUUUGAAGAUUCUGAGGCUGAAAUUGUUGAAUCUGUUGGAAUCUAUGAGUUGAAGGUUCAGCGUAUUUCUGGAGCUCGUGGCAAGGUUGCUGUCUCCUAUAGCUCUGAGGACGGAACUGCUAAAGCCGGAACUCAUUACGAAGCCGUUGAAGGCGAACUGCUCUUUGAAAAUGAAGAAACAGAAAAGAUUAUUGAACUGCCAGUCCUUGAUGAAGAAAGCUACGAGAAGAGUUUGAUCAUGUAUGUCAACCUCGGAGAACCAAGACAGAUCGCAGAAGGCAAAGAAGGAGAGGGUAUUGACUACUCUGUCUUGGACGCUAAGGAUCCUGAAGCUCUAACUGAAGAGGAGAAGAUUGCUCUACUUGGUAGACCGUGUCUUGGCACAAACGGAAAGGUUCAGAUCAGGAUUAAGGAAUCAAAGGAGUUCAAGAACUCUGUGGACAAGAUGAUGCAGAAAGCCAAUGCUUCAAUGAUGGUUGGAUCCAGCUCCUGGUUGGAACAGUUCACGGAGGCAUUCAAUGUACAAGCUGAAGAUGAUGACGAAGAGGGAGAAGAAGGAGAAGGUGAAGAAAAGAUGCCUUCUUGCGGAGAUUAUAUUAUGCACUUCCUCACUCUGCCAUGGAAAAUUAUCUUUGCACUUAUUCCUCCUACAGGACUAAUGGAUGGAUAUCCUACCUUUAUCAUCAGCAUCCUCUUUAUUGGUCUAAAUACAGCCGUCAUAGGGGAUGUUGCUGGUCACCUAGGAUGUUAUAUACAUUUGAAGGACUCUGUCAAUGCCAUUGCCUUUGUUGCUUUGGGAACCAGCGUGCCCGAUACAUUUGCCUCAAAGACUGCAGCUAUUGAAGAUGAGACUGCCGAUGCUUCUGUAGGAAACGUUACUGGAUCUAAUGCUGUCAAUGUGUUCCUUGGUAUUGGUAUUGCCUGGACCAUGGCUGCUAUAUAUUGGGAGUUCCAGCCUGAAGGACAGUUUGUGGUUCCUGUUGGCAGCUUGGGUUUCUCUGUGACUGUGUUCUGUAUUGAGGCUCUGCUCGCUAUUGCUAUUCUUAUGGCCAGACGUAGCCCUAUGGUUGGAGGAGAAUUGGGUGGCCCUAAGAGUAUCAAAACCAUCAACUCUGGUAUCUUCGUAUUCUUCUGGGUCUUCUACGUUCUCAUCUCCGCCCUGGAGGCGUACAAAGUUAUCGAUCCUGGAUUCUAAUUGAUCCCGGCUCACACAUCCCAUACUCAGUCUUGUGCUGAAGAAAGGACGAUGUUUAUUUUCAGCUCAACCCCAUCAAUUCCUACGUGAAUUAAAGACAUUAAAUCAAAACUAGAUUCCAACUGAUGUUAAACCAAGACUUCUUUUUUGUUCCUGUGUGAUCAAUAUUUGUAAAAUAAAUGGCGGCUCUAUCGCUCUGCAACUGUAAAGUUAAGAUGAAUCAGUAUUCAAGUCAGGUCAGUCAGGUCGUCUUCGCUCACAGUUGCAGAGCAGAUUUACGCGGCAAACACUCUCUCUCUCUCACACACACACACACACUCCUCUCUACCGACAUACAGUUGAUAUUUUCCUAGUUUUCUUUGUUUAUUCUUGUUGUUUACAGGUUACGCCGUUAUAGAGAGAAUAAUUCAUAUCAUUAUUUAUUUGUUGAAAUCUUUAUAUACACGAUUUUCCACCAAUUGUAUCUUUUUUGUUAAAGAAGGGAAAAGUAAAGAUUUAAAUUUUUAA